AUGGGCAUAGGAAUCACCACACAGAGCAAUGUGUUUGUUGGGAUCAAGCCAGAGCUUGGACAGGGCGCCUACGGCGCCUACACAGCGGGGAUCGGAGAAGAAGAAGAUAAGAGAAGUGCGCAGUCGCCACUGGAGCAGUGUGACUAUUUGCUAGUGCCGCUUACGAAUGCGCGCUACAGGGAUAGUAUGAAAGCUCAGUUCGAAGCGUAUCGUGAGAGUGGAGCUAGCGAGCUGCGGUUAGAAGCACCACAGCUACAGGAGUUAGGUGUUCUUCCGUCCAGCGGCGGCAAUGGUGGUAGCAGAAGUAACAGUAAUGGCAGUACCAGCGGCGGCAAUGGCGGCAUUGGAGCCGCAACUCCCCAGUAUAUCGGGCUUGUAAGUUCGUUUCUAGAGCUAGAUAGUAGCGAAGUGGAUGUGCGGGAGCUGUCGUUGCAAGUGCUGCAGCACGAGCUGGAGUAUGCCAAUUUUGUCGGGAUCCGACAGGUGAUUGUAGCUCCGCCAAAACGACUUAACACUCUGCAUUACUACGCGCAGUCGCUUGCGCGGGUAUUUGACCAGUUCGGGGAGCGGUGUCCCACGGUUUCGAUCUCGCUUCCGCUUUUUGAGGACUCCGAUCCGCUUUCCACAUGGGAGCUGUGGAACACGAUUCGGAAGAUGUGCAGAUAUGCAGGUAAAUUGAGUGUGUCGCUGGCGUUGCCACGGCAGCGGACGCCCGGGUAUGUGCUAGAGCGUUGGCUAAGCGAGCCAGUGACGUGCUUGUUGAUCUCGGCGUCUGUGUUCACUACGAACCAGUACAACUACCCUGUUUUGAACCGGUUCAACCAGCAUCUGAUCACCGCGUUCCAGCGGAUAAACGGGAAUGCGUCGCAGUUCGGGGAACUGGCUAUUUUGCUGCAUGGAAUGGAGAAGUACGUGGACAAACUGUGCGUUGGGCCGUCGCAGUACCUGGAGUACAUCAACUAUUUACUCAAGAAGGGGGAUAAGUUAAUAGCCAUGGAGAAUUCUGAUGCGAAUUUGGAUUCGAAUUCGAAGUCGAAUCCAAUUGCGAACGGAAAUGGGAAUGGCAAUGGGAAUGGCAAUGCAAACGCGAGCCAUGCGUUUUUUUCGAUGGAACCCAGGGUUAUGCCGCCAUUGUUGCCGCACUGCGAGGAUUUAUCGAAUGCUGUGUACCAGACUUUUGAACGGGACGCAGUGAAAUACGAGCAGUACGAAAGGGCGAUAGCGAUGGCGGUUUCGGACAUAUUGAUGGAAAAUUCGUCAAGAUGGAGAGGUUCAAACGAGAUUGUCAUUCUUGUUGCUGGUGCUGGCAGGGGUCCGCUUGUGGAUAAGACUUUCAAAGUUUUGGACACGCUACGCGUGACGAAUUUCAGGCUCUUGGCGAUCGAGAAAAAUCCACAUGCAUUGCUGUACUUGCAAAAACGCAAUUUCGAGCAUUGGGACAAUAGAGUGGAGAUUACAAUGUGCGACAUUAGAGAAUGGGAUGAUCACGUGAAAGUCGAUCUAUGCAUUAGCGAGUUGUUGGGAUCGUUUGGUUGCAAUGAGUUGUCUCCAGAGUGCUUGGCACCCAUAGAGCAGUUCCAUUCGAAACCAUCGACGAGAUUUAUCCCUCAAAGCUAUAGUUCAUAUGCUGCUCCGGUGUCGUCACCAAUUCUGUACCAAAGUUUGUCUCAGAGAGGGCCGCAGUAUCUUGAGCAGCCCAGCGUGAUUCACCAUAUACCAUAUUGUCAAACUUCAUCACGGAUUAAUGAGAUAUGGAACUUUACGCAUUCACACGAAGAGCGUCUGUCCCACUUUAAUAAAACGUCUGUGUCCCACUUCCGCGUGAAGCAUAAGAGUGAAAUUCACGGUAUAGUGGGGUACUUCAUUGCGACCUUGUACGCUGACAUCACAUUGAGUACUGUACCAGAUGGCUCCAUCCUUAAAACACUACAGGACCAGGAAAAUUCCACUAUUGAAAACUCAAGAAAUCACAAUGGCUCAUCAUCAACGCCAACGAAAGGAAAUCAUACGGAAAAUAUGAGAUCGUGGUCACCGAUAUUCUUCCCAUUGAAAGAACCAUUAUUCCUCAACGAUGACACAGAAGUGGAGCUCUUCAUGUCAAGAAAUAAUAAUAAGGACAAAGUUUGGUACGAGUGGUCUGCAUCCUGCUUUGUUUACUUAGUGUCCUCUUCAGACGCUCACAACAAUUCAGUAGAAAGAGAGAAACACAACCACACUUUGAAGGACAAUGGAACGGAUCUCGAAACGCAAAAAUUGACAAACGCUUUUGCUCGUUUCGGUCAUCAGCAUGACUCCUCGAAUGGGGAGUCUAAGUUCUUUGAAGACUCAGUGAACCACACAGACUUCAUGUCAAACAGAGGCAAUGAAUGGGAAAGUGUGAAAGAUUUGCAUGAACUUCAGAAUAGACAGAUCCCAUCUAUUCUGGAUAAGGAACGGGUUGAACGUAAAAAAUCGUUUGUUGAAGAAUACCAUGUGCGUGUUAGGACAAGUGUCUCACAACUCCAUAACCCAAACGGUAGCACUUACGCUAUACCGCUGUAA